CCCCUACUUUGUAGCCUAAACUGGACUGUAAUUCACUAUGUACUCCAGACUGGACUUGAAUUUACUGCAAUCUCUGCCUCAAUGCUGGGGUCACAUACUUGAGCCACUGAGACUUAGGGCUUGUUUCUUUCCACCAAUGUCCCGGAAAGGGAUUUCGCUUGCCAGGAAGUUUUGUCUGAGAGUUUCAGAGACUCAGCAAUGGCUCCAGGGUGACUUCUUGGAUCCUCCACGUUUCCAGAUCCUACUGAAGAGAGGCGGACCAGGCUGGGGACAUGGACCUAUCAGCUGGACUCCCUGUGCUGCUGGUGCUGCUGGUGUGGUCCACGGCCCCGCAGGCGGCGCGGGCACCCCGGUCACAUUCUCUGUACUACCUCUUCAUGGGUGCCUCAGAGACAGAACUCGGGCUGCCUUUGUUUGAGGCUAUGGGCUACGUGGAUGACCAGCUCUUCGUGUCCUACAAUCAUGAGAGUCGCCGUGCUGAGCCCCGGGCCCCGUGGAUCUUGGAUCAGACCUCAAGCCAGCUAUGGCUUCAGCUGAGUCAGAGCCUGAAAGGGUGGGACCACAUGUUCAUUGUGGACUUCUGGAAUAUCAUGGAUAACUAUAACCACAGUAAGGUCACUAAGCUGGGAGUGAUGCCGGAGUCCCACAUCCUGCAGGUGAUCCUGGGUUGUGAGGUGCAUGAAGACAACAGUACCAGCGGCAUCUGGAAGUAUGGGUAUGAUGGGCAAGACCACCUUGAAUUCUGCCCCAAAACACUGGACUGGAGAGCAGCAGAGCCAGGGGCUUGGACCACCAAGGUGGAGUGGGAAGAGCACAAGGUCCGGGCCAGGCAGAACAAGGACUACUUGGAGAGGGACUGUCCUGAGCAACUGAAACAGUUCCUGCAGCUGGGGAGAGGGCUUCUGAGGCAGCAAGUGCCUCCUUUGGUGAAGGUGACUCAUCAUUGGGCUCCUGCAGGGACCUCUCUGAGGUGCCAGGCUCUGAACUUCUUCCCUCAGAACAUCACUAUGAAGUGGCUGAAGGACAACCAGCCACUGGAUGCCAAGGAUGUCAACCCUGUGGAUGUGCUGCCUAAUGGGGAUGGGACCUAUCAGGCCCAGAUGACCUUGGCUGUGGCCCCUGGUGAUGAGACAAGUUUCACCUGUCAAGUGGAACACCCAGGCUUGGAUCAGCCCCUCACUGCCAUCUGGGAGCCCUUGCCAUCUCAGUCCCUGAUUAUUGGAGCCAUCAGUGGGAUCAUCAUUUGUGUCAUCUUCUUUGUUGCGAUUUUGUUCCUGAUCUUAAGGAAAAAGAAGGCUUCAGAAGAAACCAUGGGUGACUAUGUCUUAGCAGAGUGUUAAUGACCUGCAGCCUACCGAUCCAUGGAAGGGAGGAGACUCAGCUAAAGACUUGGAGGAAGCACACUUGCUUCAUUCUAGGACAGACUUGGACCUAAUACACAGAAAGUGCCUGAGGUACUCUGUUUGUAGCUCUCCCUGUUCAAUUUCUUAAGAUGCUUCCCCCCAGUCAAGUCUUUUGAGUUCCUGAACAACACUGACUGCUCCAGAUGCAACCCCUCCCUCCAGAACUGGUCUCAUGAAUCUCCAGAUGCUUCUACAGGCAUUCUUCAUUUCCUCCGUCCAUCUAGACUCCACAUGUCUACUUCUUAAAAAGGCUGUCUACAUUUUGAGGAUACACGAUUCAUUUUCAUAUCUGAAGAAGCCAUGAAUCUUCAUCCUGGGAUGCACACACGUAGGUGUGCCAGAAUUUUGCACACAUAUCCUAGAAUCCAGAAACCACUCAACUGUCUUUUGAGCCUCUCCAUCUGUUAUCUAGUGAUUCCUAUGUCACCAAACUCUGACUUUUCUGACAUUGGAGUGUUAUAUGGGUUAUCAAUACAACCUGAGGAGACACUCUCUGAGAAAAUACAGAUGUCUGUGUGAAUAA